UGCCACCAAAUAAUACCCCCUAGGACGGUCUUUGCUCGUACGAAACAAACAACUCGCUUCAGCACUUAACACUAUCAACUAGCCUACAACUGACAACUUUUAACCGCUCAAUCGCUCAAUCACUCAAUCAGUCAAUCAUUGUUAACCCAAUCAAAAUGCCGCGCUGCCUGAUUGCCAAAAAAUGGAAGGCAUAUCCCUGGCUGGAUCGCUCAGAGGAUACGGCCACAACGACGACGACGACGACGACGGCGACCACGAGCUCUCGGGAGGAGCAGCUGUCGCCCAAUCUCAAGUCACGUCGCUCCACGCUCGACGAUGACGAGGAGAUCGAUGUUGUUGGCGACAAGCUCCUUACCAAGUCCGACAAGCAACGCACAAUUAUUGUCACAACAGCAGCAUCAGCAGCAACAGCCGCAGCAGCAACAAACGACAGCACAACAGCAACAACAACAUUAACAGCAACAACAACGGCAGCAGCAACAACAACAACAACGGCAAAGUGCUGGGGACCCAGCUCACCAACGGCGGGCACCACGGCGCCAAGUCCGCCGCCGCAUUCGCCGGAGGCAGCGACGCGAGGAGCCACCAAUGCCUACAAUGGCUACACGCGUGAGCUGUCGCCUCCGCACUACACCGCGUACCUGCCCCGGAUGGAGAGCGAGAUAACGGUUAUACGAGCGGCGGCCACAGCGCUGGUGGCAGCAGCCGCCACAAACGCAGCCGGGGGAGAGCAGCAGCAGCAGCAUUUAGCCGCGUAUCAGACGCCGCCCUCGUCAACGACAUCGUCGCCCUCGUGCUCGCCCAGCGGCGCCUUGCAUGGCGAUAGAUACAGUCCCGGCAUGGUGCACAUCAAGACCGAGUCCGGACAAACGAGCAGCGAGCGCAAAUGCUUCAGCAGCACAGGCGCGACGCUGUCGCUGCCGCCCAAAAAGAAAGACAUCUACAGGCCGUACUCGCUGGACGACAAGCCGGCGCACGUCUAUCGGAGGCGUGUGCCCGCCGAGGAGGACUUGCAUGCCGCGCACGCCAUACUCGAUCUGAGCGCCUCGACCGCAUUCCACCCGCCCACGCAGCCACACCAACUGCAACAGCAGCAACAGCAACAGCAUCAUCUUGGCCACAUGCACACAGCACAUGGCCAUAUGGAGGCGCAUGCGCAUGUGCGGAGUACGUCAUCGAUUGCCGAACUGGCGGCUGUGGCCAGCGCGGUUAACGAACAACGCCCCUUAAGCAAUGCCUCCAGCGCGAGCAGCAGCCACCUGCCGCCGAGCAGCCCGGCCAGCAGCCACAGCAGUAGCAGCCAGAGCAGCAGCAAUGUGCAGAACGAGAACAGCAACACAACCAACACGAAUCAGCUGCGUCCUGGUCUGGGUCUCUCUGUGGAAUGCGAUGCGGAUGGUGAUGGCGAUGUGGAUGGCGGACAGGCGGCCAAGACCGUGGCGUACACCUACGAGGCCUUCUUUGUGAGCGAUGGCCGCUCCAAGCGCAAACAUGUGGCCGAUCCGGCCGCAAUUGUGGUCCAGGAUCAACAAAAGACCAAGUACACGUGCUCCGAAUGUGGCAAGCAAUAUGCCACCUCCAGCAAUCUGUCGCGCCACAAGCAGACACAUCGCUCCUUGGACUCGCAGUCGGCCAAGAAGUGUCACACCUGCGGCAAGGCUUACGUCUCGAUGCCCGCCCUCGCGAUGCACGUGCUGACGCACAAGCUCUCGCACAGUUGCGGCGUUUGCGGCAAGUUAUUCUCGCGCCCCUGGCUGCUGCAGGGUCAUCUGCGCUCCCAUACCGGGGAGAAGCCGUACGGGUGUGCGCACUGCGGCAAGGCCUUUGCGGAUAGGUCCAAUCUGCGGGCGCACAUGCAGACGCACUCGGUGGACAAGAAUUUUGAGUGCAAGCGCUGCCACAAGACGUUCGCGCUCAAGUCGUACCUAAACAAGCAUCUGGAAUCGGCCUGCCUCAAGGACGAGGAGGAGCUAAUGAUGGCCAUGUCGCUGCAUGGACAUACCGAUAGCAACAGCGAAAGCGGUGCCAGCUUGGCAUCGCCGCCGCACGAGUUUCUCGAUCGUGUGAAGGUGGAGGCGACCGGAAAUGGAAUCGGAGGAGUCGGAGUGGGAGUUGGAGGCGUCAGCUAUGCCAUGUAA